AUGCCUUCCGAUCACGGUCACAGACGUGAGGGUCGGCAUCUGAGCUACCAGCGUGGAAAGCGCGCCACAAACCCCAACACAAGUCUUAUCAAGCUUGAGGGCGUAGAAGACUCCAAGGCCGCCAACUUCUACCUCGGAAAGAAAGUUGCGUUCGUCUACCGGGCCAAGCGCGAAGUUCAGGGUUCGAAGAUUAGAGUCAUCUGGGGCAAGGUCACACGGACACACGGCAACUCGGGCGUCGUCCGCGCUCAAUUCAGACACAACCUCCCUCCCAAGACCUUUGGUGCCACUGUACGAGUGAUGUUGUACCCUUCGUCCAUCUAA